UUUCCAUCGAGACAGCGUCCGGUCAGAUACAAGUUUCCCCAUGCCGAGCAGUGGACCUCCUCCCACCGGCCGUGUGUCACAUGCGUGAAGGGGGAGCUGGGAUACGGCGUUCAACCCUGCCACAGUGACAGAACACUGCGGAAGGACAGUUCAUACGCGAGCGUGACCCCGCGCGUCCUCCCGCCCAACCGCAACCCUCAGACCACCGGACAGGUGAAUGGAGUGAACAUCGAGGCGUUGAGACACUCAGAGGUGGUGUCGUUWAUACGUGGCGGGGGGGACGAGACAUGCCUACUGGUGGUCGACGCGGAAACAGACGAGCUGUUCAAGAGGCUCGGGGUCACGCCCACCAGCACACAUGUCAAAGAGGUCUAUGUGGACGAGCCAAUGACAGACAGCGCCCCACCCACCCCCUCUUCAACCACUGACCUCCCUCCAAUGGAUCCACCAAUCAUCAAUGUCACCCUGAUGGGCUCACCAAUCACAAACGGCUCGCCCAAUUCACAGACCAAUGGGAGUUCAGCAUCCCAGUACUCACGUGGCUCGACUACCCAAUCAGAAUUCAGCAGCUCAGAUAUGAGCAUUCAGGUCCCUGAGGAUUAUGAGCGGCGUGUUUCGGACCCGUUCCUGGACAGCGGACUGCAUCUGAGCCCCACGGCAGCAGAGGCCAAAGAGAGGGCCCAACACGGCAAGAAGAGAGCGCCCCCUAUGGACUGGAGCAAGAAACAGGAGAUCUUCAGCAACUUCUGAGAACCACACAGAACCACACAGAACCUUCACAACAAUGUUCUUAAGUCCUUCAAGGUUGGUGAAGAUCUGUCACAAGGACACACCAUAACUACUGUUGGCCGUGCGCAGUAGAUCAUCAGCCCGGAGACAAUUUAAUCGUGGGAAAUUAAUAGAAAAUGGCAGCCAAUGUUCUUAGGUGAGAGGCGAUAGGACUAACACCGCUGCGCACGGCUGACGUUCGUUAUGGUGUGUCAUGUGACAGAGCUUCACCAGCCAAUCAAGAAAAAAGGCUCCUAAACAAUUCUGUGAAAAACACAGAAAGCCUCUGUCCCCAGCAGGAUUUGAACCCUGGUCUCCCACGGGCCAAACCAACAUCUGAACCAUUAGACAAAGAGGAAAUUCCCUAUGGUCUGAGGGCCAACACUAAUUGUGAAGUCACAAGCGGGGCUACCUCAUCACGUGACCAUGAGCAGCYAUGAUCGUCUCAUGUCUGCUACACCUCCAUAUGCCACUACUAUGGAUUAUUACAGUACCUUAGGAUGAGGAUAAAYCAUGUUGUUUAUUUAGCCAGGAUAAUUGACUCGGUUACAUUUGGCACUUUGUUUCCAUGGCUACUAAACAUUUCUCGGAGCUGUGACUUUACUGAAAGUUUUUUGUCCUUCUAUAGCAACUAGUAAGAAACAUUCACUGGCCCAACCGCCACACACCGAACCCCACCCCACCUCUUUACCCUCCACAGAAAAACAGGGUUGAUUGUUUCCCAAAAGACUGAGAUGUGGGCCUGUAUCCACAAAGURUCUCAAAGUAGGAGUUCUGAUCUAGGAUCAGUUUUCAGUUUUUUUAUGUCAUAAUGAAUACAAUGAAAUGUAGAGGGAAGGAUCUGAUCCUAGUUGUAUUAGAUCUGACUGAGGUAAGAAGGUCAGGACACCACAACAUCCGGGCCGGCCUACAGAUGUGACCCCUGUGGCCGAGUCUUCCUCUCACGGGUUGGACUUCACGGUCCCAGCAGAUGCUGCGCUAACACCUAACUCCAAGGCACAAUAACUCUACGGUCUCACGAGACGGCGAUGCCGACCACUAUUAUCCAGAGUUCCAGACUGAACUCUUUUCAGAUCAUAUUGAACCCUUUUUGGUUCCACAUAGAACCUCUUGUUCCAAAUAGAACCUCUGGUUCCAAAUAGAACCUCUGGUUCCAAAUAGAACUCUUGAAAGGUUGCUAUUUGGAACCUAAAGGGGUUUCGUCUGACCUGACCUGGUUCUACYUGGAACCUUUUCCAGAGGGUUCUACAGGGACAAAUGGUUCUACAGAGCACUUUUGAGAGUAUAGAAGCGAGCUUCUCAGAUGUAUAAAUUAGGUAGGUAGGRACCACAUCACGUCAUAUCCACGGACGUCUGAAUAACGUCAUAUACACGGACGUCUGAAUGACGUCAUAUACACGGACGUCUGAAUGACGUCAUAUACACGGACGUCUGAAUGACGUCAUAUACACGGACG